UGGAAAAAAGUCCAGAAAUUGCCCCGGGAGAAGGCGAGCGCGCUCGGGAACCCGCCCCUCCGUCGCCACGUGAUUACGCGGGGCGGAAAGAGAGAACGCGAGGCCGCCUGGACGUCCAGACAGGUGCUGUAUUAGGCACAGAGAUACACUGAGGAAUAGUGCAGAGUCCUGCCCAUGUGGAGCUGACAGUCUAGUGGAAGGUGUAGACAGUAACCUGGACCCACCUAAAUGGAGAAAGACAACAGGAGAACAGCAACUAUCAAAUUAAGGAAACUUAACAUUGAUACAAUACUAUUAUCUGCAAACCUCAUGGAUUUACAGUUGUCCGAUAGUGUCCUUUGUUUAACAGUUUUGUCUCCCAACCAAGAUUGAAUCCAGGAAGAAGAAUUACAUUUAGCUGUGUUAUUUGCUCAGGCUGCUAUAACAAAGUACCACAGACUGGGCGGCUUAAACAACAGAAAUGUAUUGUCUCACAGUUCUGGAGGUGAAGUCCAACAUCAAGACGUGGACGGGGACUCUUCAAAAAUCCAUCUGAACUCUUUGGUGACAGGAACCAAUGAUGUUACCCAAACCUGCGAUCUAUUACUUCCCCUGGGAGGUCAGUACCAGCCAAGUUCCUGACGGGGGUGCACUGAGAACUUUCGGCAGGUUGUGCGUCUACGACAUGACCCAGUCCCGAGUAACCCUGAUGGCUCAGCAUGGAUCUGACCAGCACCAGAUCGUCGUCUGUACCAAGUUGGUGGAGCCAUUCGAAGCCCAGGUGGGCUCCCUGUACGUUGUCUUGGGGGAGCUGGAGCACCAGAAGGAUGGAGGUUCCGUGGUGAAGGCCCGGGUGCUGACAUGUGUGGAAGGAGUGAAUCUUCCCUUGUUAGAACAAGCCAUCAAAGAGCAGAGGAUGUACCAGCGGGAGAGGGACAGUAACCAGUAGGAAAUGGCAGCUGGGAGCCCCACCCAACUUGCUCCUGGAGCGAAGCCCACUGGGGACACCGGAGCUGCUGCAGAGAAGACCCAGGGGCUUCCUCGGGGUGACAGCCUUUCCUGGAGCUGGAGAGAAGAGGGGAGGGGUUGUUCAUUUGGGGUUGUCCCAGAAAUGAGAACCUAGAGAGCAAGUGUCAAAGCCUGACACCUCCCCCCACCC